AGUUUGAAAUGUUACGAAAUAGCGCCAGUAUAUUUGCGGUGAAGGUUUGGCAUUAAACCGAUUUGAUUACAGCGCUAACCAAAGAUCAUCUUAGUCUGAAUUCGUUACAGUAGAGAGCUGUCAGUCAUACGGUGCAUUACAGGCGAUAAAAAUAUGCAAAAGUAUGAGAAACUAGAAAAAAUCGGCGAAGGAACUUACGGAACUGUUUUCAAAGCAAAAAAUCGUGAGACUCACGAAAUAGUAGCCCUAAAAAAAGUACGGCUGGACGAGGACGACGAAGGUGUUCCAUCAUCGGCCUUGCGAGAAAUUUGUCUGCUCAAAGAACUGAAACACAAAAAUAUCGUCCGUCUCUAUGACGUUCUUCAUAGCGACAAAAAAUUAACUCUAGUUUUUGAACACUGUGAUCAGGAUCUCAAAAAGUAUUUUGACAGUUUAAAUGGAGAGAUUGACUUAGAUGUCGUCAAGUCAUUUUUAUACCAAUUAUUGCGAGGAUUGGCAUUUUGCCACAGCCACAAUGUUUUACAUAGGGAUCUCAAACCCCAAAAUCUGCUGAUCAACAAGAACGGUGAGCUCAAGUUAGCUGACUUUGGAUUGGCGCGAGCCUUUGGAAUCCCCGUUAAAUGUUAUUCCGCAGAAGUGGUCACGCUGUGGUACCGUCCACCAGACGUUUUGUAUGGAGCCAAAUUAUACACAACAUCGAUCGAUAUGUGGAGUGCGGGAUGCAUAUUUGCAGAAUUAGCAAAUGCUGGCAGACCGUUAUUUCCGGGUUCAGACGUGGAGGACCAAUUGAAAAGAAUUUUCAAGAUGCUCGGAACACCGACUGAGGAGACCUGGCCAGGAUUGGCGUCCUUGCCAGAAUACAAAUCGUUCCCUCCUUACCCAACACUUGGUGGAUUACCCCAAUUUGCACCAAAGCUCAAUUCAAGAGGCAAAGAUUUACUACAGAGAUUAUUAGUUUGUAAUCCAGCGCUACGUUUGUCGGCAGACGAAGCAAUGGCACAUUCUUAUUUUGCGGACUUGAAUCCAGCCAUUAAGAAUGACCGAUGCCAAUAACAGAUUUCCUCCAUUCUUCGAUCAUGUUCUUCACACUCCGGUACAUAUAUUUAUCAUGCAAAGAUGCGAUAAUCUAGUCACUGUGUCAGGAGGACAACUUCUGUCAUAUUUUGGAUAUUUCUAUGUGUGCGUGCGUACAUGUAUUUUAAAUGUAUGUGACGUAUGUAUGUCCAUACCUAUAAAUACACGUAUGGUUAAGGUGUGACGCAAGUCAAUAAAACUAUAAAUUUUACCAA